AUGGCCGAUCAGUUUGAUCUGAGAGCUGAGCUUGCGGCCUACUUGGAUGACCCUUCCUCGGUCGCGACGCAGUUGGACCUCUCGUCUGCCAGCCAGAAGGAAUGCGAUAGAUAUAUCAACACUACAAUCGACACGCUGUCUACAUCUCCCGAAGCUAUCAAGAAUGACGAAAUCUUCGACGUGCUUAAAGCGCUCCUCAAGAAUUGUGCUGCUUUGACGCCAACGCAGAUGUCGAAGAUCAUGGACCUCAUCGUCUCUUCAUUACAAUCCGAGACCGAGAUCCUCGCAUCAGAUAUCGAACAGCCAGACCCAGAGCUGCUCGUCUUACACAGACAGAUCUGCGAGAUGUACGCCUUUCUUUUGCAGUGGGUAGUCAUAGCGGCGGAUGGUGCACAAGCCGCAAAAGCAGUUCCCGCACGUCGUGGUAAGACAGCAAAGCCAAAGGCAGCAAUAGAACCAACAACCUGGGAUUCAACAAGUCAAGUACAAGCUGCACUGGACGUCGUAUGCAGGCUAUUAGGACUGAAGCUCGGUAGAAUAUGGCAAACCACAUCAGAACGCGACCUGUUUAUCGGCCUCUUCACACGACCUAUCUGGCUCAUUGCGGAAUCGGAGCAGCGCAUGAAGGUUGUCGCACUUCGCAUGAGGAUGUACAAAGUCCUCUGUAUCUCCAUCAAACAUCACGGACAGGCCUUUGCAGCACAAACCUCGAUCGUCCAGGCCUUGCAAUACUUCGAGCACCUAUCGGAGCAUACGGCCGAAUUCCUUCAAAUCCUGGCAGAGCAGUACGACUAUCCACAACUCGCCGAGGAAGUUGUCAGAGAGCUGUCCAGUAAAGAGUUUGCCGCCGCAGACACCAAAGGCCCGAAAAGCGUAGCAACUUUCGUCGUCAAGCUCAGUGAAUUGCUUCCCCGAAGCGUCCUGAAACAAAUGACGUCUCUUGCACGGCAACUUGAUUCAGAAGCUUACGCUGCGCGCAACGGAGUUAUUGAAGUGUGCGGGAACCUGAUCGCCUAUAUGUCUCAGCAAGAACAGAGUGACCAGGCGGAGAACCACAAAACACAGAUCAACGGUUUCUUCGAUGUUUUGGAGGAGCGCUUCUUGGAUAUCAAUCCAUAUUGCAGAAGCAAGGUGUGCCAGGUUUAUACUAGAUUGUGUGACUUGGAGACCAAGUUCCCAAAGCGAAAGCAGAUUGUUGCCGACCUUGCCGUUCGUAGCCUGGAGGACAAGUCCAGCAAUGUACGAAGGAAUGCAAUCAGGCUUCUUACGAAGCUACUGUCGACUCACCCUUUCGGCUUGAUGCACGGCGGACAACUUACUCAGAAUGAGUGGAUCGCGAGGUUGGAGCAGGUCAAUGCCGAGCUUACGGCGUUGGAGCCUCCGGUGGGCACACCUGGAUUGGCAGAGAAGGCGCCGUCUACAGACGUGGAAGACAUUCUUGAUGACGCGACCGAAGCAAGCAUCAUGGAUGUUGAUAUGGACGAUGCUGGCGAGGAAGCUCCUUCAACGCCAAGGAAGAAGGCGCCUGCCCGUGAUGAAGAGGCGACUCCGAAAGCCCAACAACCGAAAGAGGUCGACCAGGAGAGUCUGAUGAGGCUACAGUUGACGAAGCGUUACUACACAGAAGCACUCCGCUUCAUCGAGUCCCUCCAUGAAGGAUCCAAGGUUGUUGCUCAGCUUCUUGCAUCAAAGAAUAAGUCGGAGAUCAUUGAGGCCAUGGACUUCUUCGUCGUUGCCGACGCCUACAAACUCGAAACCUCCAAGCUCGGAAUCAGGAAGAUGCUUCAUCUCAUCUGGACAAAGGGUAACAGUGAUGAAGGCAAGGGUGUCCAAUCUCACCUCAUCGAGUGCUACCGUGGCUUGUUCUUCGAAGCGCCGGACCAUCUAUCGCCGAAUGACGCUGCGAACUUCGUGGCGAGGAACAUGAUGAGUUUGACGUAUGGAGCUACAUUAGCCGAGUUGACAAGUCUGGAGCAGUUGUUGAGCACCAUGAUGAAGGAGGGUGAUUACAUCUCGGACCACGUCGUCCAGAAGUUGUGGCAGGUGUACGGCGUGCAAAGAAAGGAAAUUUCGAAAUCGCAACGCAGAGGUGCAAUCAUCGUACUCGGCAUGCUCGGUCUUGCGAAUCCUGAGGUCAUUGUUAACGAGCUUGAGACUCUGUUGCGUGUUGGCCUCGGACUGUUGGGGCGUACCGACUUGGCAUUGGCAAAGUACAGCUGUAUUGCCCUCCAGCGAAUCCAACCAAACAGGAAAGCGACACAAGGACAGCCCGAUAGGGCAACUGUCGCGAAGUUGCCCAAUGAUCAUACAGUCUUUUCCAGGUUGUACAGUAUCGUGUUGAUGUCUUCAGGGAGCAAGGAAUGGUUCGGGGUCGCUGAGCAGGCUAUCAACGCAAUCUACUUACUAGCGGAACACCCUGACAUUAUUUGUGGCGAAGCUAUCCGACAGAAGACCAGGGCCGUGUUCCAGCGCACAGCACAAUAUCAUGCGGAGGAUGCGAUGGAAGUGGAGGAUGGGGAACAGGAGACUGUUGCCGACACCGAGGCCUCGCAAGAUCAGUCGACUACCGGAUUGGCUCAGCUACUCUUCAUUGUUGGUCACGUCGCGAUCAAGCAGAUCGUUCAUAUUGAAGCUACGGAAAGGGAAUUCAAGCGGCGGAAGGCCAAUGCAGCGAAAAAGUCUGCAGCGUCUGCUUUCAGCAAGGGCGCACCGGUUGAAGCCGAUGAGCUCGAAGCAAUCGGCGGUACCUCCGAGGACGAUUUUACCGAUGCUAUGGCACAAAUCCGAGAACAUGAACUGCUGUACGGUGACAAAUCGCUGCUUGCACGCUUCGGUCCUAUGAUUGCCGAUAUCUGCCAAAAUAAUCUGGUCUACAAGGACAAGGAUUUGCAGUCCGCGGCAGCGCUUGCUUUGGCCAAGUUGAUGUGUGUCUCUUCUGAGUUCUGCGAAAGACACUUACCGUUGCUCCUGACGAUUCUUGAGCGUUCGCACGAUCCCAUCACUAGGAGCAACGUUGUUAUUGCUUUGGGUGAUAUGACAGUCUGCUUCAAUCAUCUCGUCGACGAGAACACUGACUUCCUGUACCGUCGUCUCAAUGACCGCGACCCGUCUGUUACCAAGACAUGCUUAAUGACCCUUACCUUCCUUAUCCUGGCCGGUCAGAUCAAGGUCAGAGGUCAACUUGCCGGAAUGGCCAAAUGUCUCGAAAACUCCGACAAGCGUAUUGCAGAUUUGGCGAAGAUGUUCUUUACAGAGCUCGCAACCAAGGAUAACGCGAUUUACAACGGCUUUACGGAUAUCUUCUCAGUCUUGAGUGCUGACCAAGAAGUGAGCGAAGAUACUUUCAGGAGGAUCGUCAAGUUCCUCAUGACAUUCAUCGAGAAAGAGAAGCACGCUAAGCAGCUUGCGGACAAAUUGGUCUCUCGAUUGCCUCACUGCGAUUCCGAGAGGGCUUGGAACGAUGUUGCAUAUGCGCUAUCGCUGCUACCACACAAGAAUGAGGAUAUCCAGAAGACAAUUGCGGAAGGAUACAAGUUUGCUGGAGUAGAAGCAUGA